GUAUCAGUCGGAUGGUGCCACUCUAAUGUAACUGCAGCUCCACCGCUGAAACUUUGAGGCCCCUAUCAUAAGCAGGUAGUUCUUCUUCUACCAGAAACCCAAUGCAGCGUUAUUCUCAAACUUCAAAGAAGCCGAAAGAGCAGAAAGAAUGGGUAGGAGCGAGUUUCAAGCCAGAGAACUUUAUACCCGGGGUAGUAAUUGGGUUCAUUCUUGGACUGUUAUUGGAUUGGUCGAAGCCACCCACCCCCAGCAAUAACAAAAGCACCAGCAGCUCUCUAACUAGGAAGAGUCGCUUGUUGUCCAAAUACCAACAGGAGAAGAUAAUGUCCCCUGGAGCAGCUAGCUCUGAUGACGAGCUCAAAAUGGUUUUGGUGGUAAGGCGGGACUUGAAGAUGGGGCAAGGAAAAAUUGCAUCCCAAUGUGCACAUGCUGCGACUGGCAUGUAUUCAGAGCUAAUGUCCAGUGAUAGGUCUCUGUUGAGGCAGUGGGAGCUUUGUGGACAGCCCAAAAUAGUUGUUACCUGCAAGAAUCAGCAAGAAAUGAACAACUUGAAGGAAGCAGCUGACAGCAUAGGCCUCCCAACUUUUGUGGUUGCAGAUGCGGGACGUACACAGGUUGCUUCUGGUUCGAAAACAGUUCUUGCUGUGGGGCCUGGAAGUAAAGCAGCGGUGGAUUCUAUAACCGGGAAACUGAAUUUGCUUUGAUGGCGGUUGAGUACUAGGGUAGUUUCUUCUCAAUUCUCUCGAGAUCAGACAUAUGAGCUCACAGAAGAGAUGUCGUCGUUCUUCAUGGAUGGCAGUUCUGCUUCUCGAAAACAGAUUCUUAUGGCAGAAUGAUCCGAUAUGUAGUGUUAGAAAGAUCCUCUAUGUCCUAGUCUAGUUUAUUGGUUCAUUUUAGGAAACGGAUUAGAGACAUUCAUUUUAAUGUUUAUGGAACUUGUCUUGAUGUCAUGUUUGCCCACAUUACAAGAUUCAAUGUAGUAUUCUUAAAGCUAAACAACAUUUGCACUGCA